UUGGCUAUGGCAGAGGCAUAGAGGCGACGAGAACUGGCGUGGAAAGGAGUGAGGAGAGUUGUUAUCGAAGAACAGGGAGAAGAGACGGAGGGAAAGAGCGGACCAAGGGGGUGUGUGUGACAGUGAAUGUGAGGUUCAAAAACAAGGAGCACUACACGGCGUGAAUGAGACAGCCAAACUGGCGGAUUUCAACAUGGCAUCCGGAGAUACGCUGUACAUUGAGACAGACGGCUCGGAGAUGCCUGCCGAGAUCGUGGAGCUGCACGAAAUAGAAGUGGAGACGAUACCGGUGGAGACUAUCGAGACCACGGUGGUCGGCGGGGAUGACGACGACGACGACGACGACGGGCAGCCUAUGAUUGCGCUGCAGCCGCUGGUCACGGACGACCCCAGCUCGAUCCACCACCACCAGGAGGUUAUCCUGGUCCAGACCCGGGAGGAGGUGGUCGGCGGCGACGACUCGGACCUGCACACGGACGGCGGGGGCGGAUUCGAGGAUCAGAUCCUCAUCCCGGUGCCGGCUCCCGGGGUCGAGGACGAAUACAUCGAGCAGACUUUAGUGACUGUGGCCGGGAAGAGCUCGGUGGGUCGGGUGAAGCGAGCAGGCGGCGCUGGGGGCAAGAAAGCGGGCAAAAAGAGCUAUUUAAGCGGCGCCGAGGCUGGUGGGAGAAAAUGGGAACAGAAGCAGGUGCAAAUAAAGACUCUGGAGGGAGAAUUUUCUGUUACAAUGUGGGCAUCGGAUGACAAUAAAGACAUCGACCACGAGUCGGUGGUGGAGGAGCAGAUCGUCGGGGACAACUCUCCCCCGGACUACUCCGAGUACAUGACGGGGAAGAAGCUGCCCCCUGGUGGCAUCCCGGGGAUCGACCUCUCCGACCCCAAACAGCUGGCUGAGUUCGCCAGAAUGAAGCCCAGGAAGGUGAAAGAAGACGAUGCUCCCCGGACGAUAGCCUGUCCUCAUAAAGGCUGCACGAAGAUGUUCAGGGAUAACUCGGCCAUGAGGAAGCACCUGCAUACCCACGGGCCCCGCGUGCACGUCUGCGCAGAGUGCGGCAAGGCGUUCGUCGAGAGCUCCAAGCUCAAGCGGCACCAGCUCGUCCACACGGGGGAGAAGCCCUUUCAGUGUACCUUUGAAGGCUGCGGGAAGAGGUUUUCUCUGGACUUCAACCUGCGUACACACGUGAGGAUCCACACUGGCGACCGGCCCUACGUGUGCCCGUUCGACGGCUGCAAUAAGAAAUUCGCCCAGUCCACCAACCUGAAGUCUCACAUUCUCACACACGCGAAAGCCAAAAACAACCAAUGAGAACCCGCUUGUCAGCAUCGGGGGGGGAGGCCACGAAAAGGCGGAAAACAACCUCCUUUGAAGACGUGAUGGGGAAAAACCUUGAGACUUGUUGAUUUCUUAAAAAAAAAGAAGAAAAAAAAAGAAACGGUCUGACAGCUUAAAAGACAUAAAACACUGAAAUUUAGUUGUUUUUAUUUUUCCUCUCCAAUGCCCCCGUUUUUCCCCUGCCGUCAUGUUGGAUGAGACAACACAGUGAAGACCCGGCCAUCUGUUACUCUAUUGGCACUUUGCUACCAGAAGAUGGAACCCAAGGACAAACGUCAGAGAUUUAUUUUUACCCGAGAGGUCAGAGAGACAGCGGUAUAUAUUAGUACUGUUAUUUUGUCGCGUUCCUUUCAUUUCCCUCCCAAGUGUGCAUAUUGUACACUCGUCUCAGGCUGUGUUUAGUAAAAAAACGUUUUAUUUUUUCUCCACCGUUGUUUUUCCUGCAUCAUAACGCCACACGUGUGACACAGAGAGGCACCCUCGACCUCAAUCCACCUCGGGGGUCUUUAAAAAUUGACUGUAUGUUUGCAUUUCCACACCGUCUUUGGUUGUACUUUUCUCUAGCCACAAAAUAACCGUGUAUACUUGUAUUGUAUGGCUGUAUUAAAAUUAAGUAGACAUAGAUAGAGGUGUGAUUUAAAGUGUUAACCGAUUAAACUUAGUCAUGAGUUGCUUUAUAUUUUAUAUUAACUGUCUUAACACAGAUGAAUGGGGGUAAUAUAAUCGUACUCGGCGGCGGGCGGGCGGGCGGUCACGGCUGAAGGGUCUGACGUGUACAAGGGGUAGACUGCGAGACCAUCACUUCUUUGUUAGAAUGUAAUGUACAGAAGUCAACCAUUAUCUUCCUUUUUGUUGGUAUUUAUACCCAUGUAUUUCAACUGCCCACAAUAAAAUGGGUCAUUCCAACUCUGUCAAACUAAA